CGGCCGCCCCGCAGCCCUGCCCGGGUCCGCCCGCCUGCCCAGCACCCCUGAGCAGCGGCUCCUGGGCAGCGCCGGCACCGCCUCGCGGGGGGAAACAGAGGCAGCGAGGAGAGAGGAGGGCGGCAAACAGCUCUGGGUUACUGAAACCAGUACGGGAGCUGCCAGGACAAACGGAGCUUUAGCCAAAAAUAGCUCGUUCAGGGUUAGGCUUUUUUUUUUUUUUUUUUUUUUUGUCUUUCUUGUAGUCGAGCAGCCGGGAGCGGUGCCCCCAGCACAGCGCACAGCCACCCUGCCGGCCGGAGGGGCAGCGGAGCAGCCACGGCAGGAUGUACCAGGGACACAUGCAGGCAGUAGGUGAAACCUUGAAGAAAAAGUGGCUCUGUCUUCAAAAAAGUGACCUGACCUUUGCUUUGGGCAAAGGCGCUAGGGCGGCCGAUAAGGCUGUGGCCAUGGUGAUGAAGGAGAUUCCGAGGGAGGAGUCUGCAGAAGAAAAGCCCCUCCUCACUGUGGCAUCCCAGCUGGUGAAUGAGCAACAGGAGAGCAGACCCCUCCUGAGCCCCUCCAUUGAUGACUUUCUCUGUGAAACUAAGCCAGAAGCUGUUGCAAGGCCUGUAACAUCGAAUACUGCAGUAUUAUCAACAGGUCUGGAUCUCUUGGAUCUUAGUGAACCUGUCUUACAAACCCAAAACAAAGCAAAGAAAUCAGAGAAUCCUUCAAGAAGUGAAGGCUUAAAAGCUUCAGCCCACAGAAAGAAGACAGAGAAUCCUGACCUGAUCAGUGUGGAUUCUGAGCAGAAAGUCCAGGCUGUCAGAGUUGCAGACAAGUCUUCUCUAGAUUUAGUUGAUAUUCAGACACAGAUAGAGAAAUGGGAUGAUGUCAGUUUUCAUGGAGACAGGAGUAGCAAGGUCCACCCUUCUGCAGAGCGAACAUCAUCAUCAUCCAGAGCUCCAUCAAAAGAGAUUUUAUGGUCCACAGAAAACAGAUCACAGUCUGAGCUGACUAAUGUCAAGAGUGCCUUGGACUCUGAUUCAGCAUCAGAAUUAGAACUUGCACCUGCAAUACAGGUGGGGGAGCAGUGUGGUCACAGGACUUUUUCCUGCUGGAAAAGGAACUCUAAUACGGAGGGCUCUGGGCUAAAGGCACGGUCAAGUAAGGAGCAGCGUUGGGGAACUCCUCUUCUCUCCAGAAAUCACUCCUUGGAGGAGGAAUUUGAAAGGGCAAAGGCAGCUGUUGAGUCUGACACAGAGUUUUGGGAUAAAAUGCAAGCAGAAUGGGAAGAAAUGGCUCGCAGAAACUGGAUUUCAGAGAACCAGGAAGCACCAGGGCAAGUCACUAUAUCAACCAUUGAAAAGGGUUAUUAUUUCCACACUGACAAUCCCUUCAAAGACUGGCCUGGUGCUUUUGAGGAAGGACUGAAGAAAAUGAAGGAAGGUGACCUGCCUGUUACAAUCUUAUACCUGGAGGCUGCAAUUCUCCAAGAGCCCAACGAUGCCGAGGCCUGGCAGUUCCUGGGUAUAACACAGGCAGAAAAUGAAAAUGAGCAGGCAGCCAUCGUGGCCCUCCAAAGGUGCUUGGAACUGCAGCCAAACAACCUGAAAGCUCUGAUGGCCCUGGCUGUGAGUUAUACCAACACUGGCCAUCAACAGGAAGCCUACCAAGCCCUGAGAAACUGGAUAAAGCAAAAUCCAAAAUACAAGUAUAUAGUGAGAAGCAAAAAAGGGUCCCCAGCACUUACCAGGAGGAUGUCUAAGACAGCAGAUGAAAGCUCUUUACUUGAAGAAGUAAAGGAUUUGUACCUGGAGGCUGCUCACCAGAAUGGUGAUAUGAUAGACCCUGACCUGCAGACAGGACUUGGGGUUCUUUUUCACCUGAAUGGAGAAUUUAACAGAGCAAUAGAUGCAUUUAGUGCUGCUUUAACGGUUCGACCAGAGGACUAUACAUUAUGGAACCGCCUUGGGGCAACCUUGGCAAACGGGGAUCGCAGUGAAGAAGCUGUGGAGGCCUACACACGAGCUUUGGAAAUACAACCUGGCUUCAUCAGGUCCAGAUACAACCUGGGGAUAAGCUGCAUCAACCUAGGGGCGUACAGAGAGGCUGUCAGCAAUUUCCUCACUGCUCUCAGUUUGCAAAGGAAGAGCAGAAAUCAACAGCAGGUUCCUCAUCCCGCUCUAUCAGGCAAUAUUUGGGCAGCACUUCGGAUUGCUCUGUCUAUGAUGGACCAGCCAGAACUAUUUCAAGCUGCCAACGUGGGUGAUCUAGACAUUCUCUUAAGAGCUUUUAAUCUAGAGCCCUAAUAAAAAGGAUUCAAAAAUUGAUUAAAUUGUGCUAGGAAACAGAGAACUUUUUUAUUACUCAUCCCCAAAUGACCACAUUUUCCAAAAGAUCAUGACUGUAGAUCGGUAGGGGAAUUCCUUCAGACAUUAUUCAUAAAGGAAAAGUUCAAAAGCACAAAAACAGUGUAAAUAAAUUCAAAAGGUUGAAAUGAGCUGUGGCUAAUCGGACAAAGCCCUGAACUAGAUGAAAUAGCAGUUUCUGAAGAAUCUUCAUCCCAUGCAAGCUAUAUCUCUCUGUGUACAUACAGCUGUAAAAAGAAAAGUAUCUUAAGAAGAAACCUAGAUAAUGGUUAUUGCACAUUAGAAUGGCAAGCAGUGCAUCCAAGGAACCUGCUUAAUAGCUCAUUGCACUAUGCUGACACCACUUUGCCCCACAGUGGGGAUUCCCUAUCCUUUGGUUUCUUUGACGAAAAAUCUUCUCAAGGUCCAUUUCAAACACAGCUCUGAAGGUAGAGGUAUGUAAAAAGGAUGUGUUUUGGUUUUAAUAUAUUUAUUAGCUGGCAAUCAAUUUUUUGCUACCAAAGGUACCUGGAUUAAUUUGGGCCCAGUUCUGCAGGCUCAUAAGCCAUGUGCAAUGUCAAGAGGAACAUAGUCCAUGGAGGGCUGUGGGAUGAGGCCAGGUACAUUUGGGGAAGCCAAGUGUUGCCAGCAGAAGAGACAAUUUGCUCUGGAAUUGUUACUGUUGAAACCAGCUGUCCUUGAUAUGGGACAGCCUGAUGGAGCUCGUGGCAGGGUCUGCACUUUUCUGUGUACUUAUGCACUUUAAUCUUUCUUCCUGUAAAAUAGUGCUAUGCUUUUAUUUUAGCCACCAACAAUGGAAUGUACAGGACAGCCUUGUUGGCAGAGAGGACCAAAUAUCAUUUCCUGAAAUGCAAUGAGAGGGUUUUCAAUAUUCUUAUGUUUAAAAAAUGCAAAUAGAGUAUAAACUGCAUUAACUAGAAAGAUUAUUAUAUGCAUCCAUCAGGUACUACACAUAUACAUGCAUGUGCAUGCACAUACAUGUUGUAUGCAAAUGUCAUUUCAGAACAUAACAAGCUACAGAUCUUCAUUGAAAAUGAAGAAAAAUAUUCAUAGGAGUUACUGCCUGCAGACCACUCUCAAGAGAGAACUUUCCCUAAAGAAACUGGUCUAUAUAAUGUUUGUAGGAUUGAGCCCAAGGCUUGAUCCUGCUUUCAUGGCAAACGACAGCAAAAGUCUCCACAACCUCCAUGAUACCAGAGAAAAUCCUUAGAUAACACCAGUAUGUGUUAGCUGCUUACAAAUGUGUAUACAAACACACUAUCUUCAUUUUCCCUGGCUGGAUGAAUGGGGAGCAGGGUUGGGGCAGUACCAAUCCCUGAUGAAUGGAUUGAUUCUGCUAUAAUAAAACAUUUAGCUCAGGAUGAAUGCGUCAAUCAAAGAAGGAAGAGAAAUUUUUAGGAGGUGAUUUUGAGUUGCUAGUAUUUUAAAUAUUUUUCCUGAAUAGUGAAAGAUAAAAAGUGUAAUUAGAUGUGUUGAUCUGUGGUCAGGAAUUCAAUGUGCAGAGUAGCUACUGGAAUGUGUUAAAGUGGGACAAAUAGCACAUUUCCUAUAAACAACAUUAGAAGAAAAUUCCAGCUCAGAGGGAUAAAAAAAGAAAUCCAACUGCACAGAUCACAGAGAAACAUGCUCUGUGGGAGUUGGACAGUUUCACCAGUACAAACCUAAAGUUUCUUGCAGCUGUCUGUUAUUUUGAGCCACCACUUAAAGGAAAAUUCCAUCUAAGACAGUGUAAUCACUGCAUCUAAUCACCAUCUAUAGGUUGUUAAAUAAAAAUAAUUGUCAUUAGAAAAAUAACAGGCUUGCCCCUCACUCUCCCACUGAAGAGAAAUGCCAAAAAACUACUAAAAUUUUUUGAGAGUUCUUUAUUGAUUCAUUGUUUACACAUAUAUUCCUGUUUAUCUAUCAGGUGUUUCAUAACUGAUUCCUGCAGCUUUCUCUAAGGAUGGGACUGCCUGGGAAUGUCACUUUAGCUAAGUGGGCUGCUGUAUGCAUAUCUGCUGACAACAGUUUGCUCUUUUGCUUUGACAGCGAUGUGUGAUGACAGCUCUUUAUUGAUAAGGCAGAGCAGAAGGUGCAGUGCAAUUGAAUCUGGGAAGUGAUAAGAGAGAAGGGAGGCAGCUUUGAGAAGAGGCUGUAAAGCAAAGGCAUAUGUGCUUAGAGUUUGCUUGAUGCCCUGCCAUCACACAAGUUCUUCUAGAAUAUCCUUUAUGCUGUAGUGUAGGAUAAUCAGUGCUUACCCAGAGGAAUUAGCUGUUCAGGGACUUUAUUUUUAUAUCUUUGAAAUUAACAACAAAAAAGAAGUACUUCUCAGAGUCAGAAUGACAAGGGAUAUUUGAUUCUCAUGGCAGUUCACUAAACAUCGCCUCCUGCCUGUGGAUGAGUAACACAGAAAUUAUUAGGAAAACGUUAUGCAAGUCCAAGCCUGUCCAGAAAGGACAGACUAAGUAGGUAGCUUUCAAUUUAUCCUGGGAUGCACUGCUCAAAACUACAUUUAUCUGCUGAUAUAUGUCCACACCCAUGGGACUGCCAUGAGUUGUGUGUAACCUUGAACAGGGCUGAACUCUGCCUUCCUAGGGGAGGCUCAGUCCCACCUGAGCUCUGCUGCACAGGACAUGGGCUACAAAGCCUGUCCAAAGAUGUGCAUGGCCUUGGAGACUAUCCCAGCUGCUCUCUCCUGUUGUAGGUAGCCUGUGGCCAGUUAACCAUGUGCCACUGCCAGAGGCACUGGGAAAGGCUGAAGCAGGGCAGAUGACAGGGGACAGUGGCACAUCUCACACACUUCUGGACAGGUCAGUGUGGGGGACUGGCUGAUAGGUCAGGCCCAGCAACUCCUGGGGCUUCUGGGCACUUCCUUAGGAUCUUGGGCUUUAUCAUUCUCCUUUAGCCCCCUCUGCAAGCACUGUCAGUGCAGCAGACAGGAUUAGCUACAGCUUUGAGCUGACCUCCUCUUGGCGUUCCUUAAAUAUUCAGGACAAGUUUGUAUAUUUGCCUGAAACAGCAAGAGGAAAAUGUGAGGAGGCUGCAGCAUAUUAACAACCUGAAUGGAAAAUUCAUCUACUUGUGCUUCUAACCAAGCAUGAGGUGGGAUAAAUAAGGCGGGUGCUGAACAGUAGCAGAUUGAGCCUGAGAGUGAGAGACAGCAAAUCUGGGUCCUGUUCUCAGCACUCCCUGGGAGCUCGACCAAGUCAAAGCCUCUGCCAUCCCUGCCCUGCCCAGGUGUGCAAGGAAGGAAGAUGGGAGCCAGCAUUCCUUGCACUACCAGGGGAGUAUCACUGUCUCACACUUCAGGGGCGAGGCCACCACUCCUCUGGGUAGGAAGGUAUCACAAACACAAAGUUGCUCAGGUCUAGGGACGCAUUUUCACAUACAGACUACUGCUUUCAGCAGAGGAGAGACUCAGAUGUUUCAGGAUGCUGUAGAGCAUCCAUGAGGUGAGGCCCAGUUAGAGUGCUGCAAUGGUGUAUCACCAUGUCCCACCCCUGUUUCCCUUUCUUGUUACUCCUCUCUUUUUCCAGAGGUGAUUUAUCACUGCCAGGAAACUGAUUCCAAGUUUUUGAAUUAUCUUUUUUUUCAAUUUUAUAUUUCAUGCAAUUAAAAGAAAACGUUUUCCUAACUCCAGCUUGGGACUGUCCUUGUCCUCUGCAAAGCUAUAGGAAUAGUUAUGACCUAGAAGCCUGAUCCAUCAAGCUACUGAACCCUGUAUGCCUGGAGCCUGCACAAGAGUGCUCAGCACUCUGCAUGAUCAGCUCACAUGCAGGAGUCACCUGGAGAGGGCUGGCUCUGGUACCACUGCACGUGCUGAACAGGCACUGGAAUCACAGGGCUUGUUCAGGGAGUGAGGCUUUGCCAUGAAGGCAAAAGGCUCAUUUCUGGCUGACCUCUUUAAACUGGAAUGAACACAGGAGCCUUGUGGCCACAGACUGGUUUAUGUCAGCUUGAAGAACUGAUUUGACUUUUAGGCACACACAUAAACAUAUCUGUAUCUAGUGGUAUUUUCUUAUGAUCUGACAAAUCACAGCACUUGUAAAAAAUGGAGAGGUUCAAAUGACACAAAACCUCAUAGGACAAUAUUGCAUGCAACUACAUUAACCAGUAACCACUAUGCAAUGUUAACCCUGAGCAUGCAGCAAUGCUACCUGAGCAUGGGUUUAGAGAAUGCAUGCAGAAGGCUCACACAUAGGGCAUUUUUAAACUAUUGAUUCAUAUCAUCUGUGGAACACUUUGCAAGUCCUUUGCACCUGCCAGAUUCAAAUCUGAGUUGUUCAUGUUAUCUGGAACAGACUACACCAAACACAGAGCCCUUUUAAAAUCCCAUCCUUAGAAUCCACUUUGUAUUAUGGGUUUCAUGUUUGCUCCAAGUGUUUAAUUAAUAACAGACAUCUGUAUAACAGCUUUUGCAGACAUGUUUUAGUACCCUCUCAAGAAUUAAAAAGCUAAAUCUGCACAGCUUUCACAGCAAAUCUGGGUUGUUUGGAUUUUCACAUCUCCAUCUCUAGUGUCAACCACAGAAGAGCCAGGUAUCCUAGGAACAUCCACAGAGCACAGGCCUCCAUGGCAGAAAUAACAACUGCUGUCCUUACUGGCACAGCCAAAGCCUGAGGCCUAAAUCAUUGUCUGUUGGAGCCAGUGAGAAAUGGAGCACAGCAUAAAUUGGUUGUAGAUCUCUUUUGCCCAAACUUGCAUCUGCACAAUGAGACAUAUUAGUUAUUUUCGCAUGAAUUACCUGCACAGUUGAAAAAAAUGUGAUUUCUGGUCACCAGUGUUGUCAGCUUAGCAGUCUGUACAGUGAAUUUAUGUAAUAAAUGUUAAUAAUAUACCAAGUAUUCACAAAAGUGGUAAGACAAAAUGCACUGCACGUUGUGAAAAAAAAAAAAAAAACGGUGGAUAUGCAAUACAGUACUAUCUACUAUUCAAAUCUUACCUAGGCUAGAAUCAGAUUCCUUCAUUAUGGUCCUACUGAUUUUUGGACUGCUGAAAUAAAUCAGAAAACAGGAGUGCCAUGCAUGAAGAGAUCACUGAAACUUUGAACAAAUGUAGGCAAAACGAGAAACAGGAAUGUCAUGGAAUCCAUGGGAAGUUUCAGAGCCUCAGCCCACAAAGUAGCAGGCAUUAGGCAAGGUAAAGAGACAGAAGGAAUCUAAAUUUUCCUAAAAUAUGCUGUAACUUUACAAAUGCUUGCAAUAUGUGACAGCCCAUUGAGCAAGCUUGCAUGGUCAAGACUUGAUGUGCUUUGAUCUCUUUUCCCCUUCUACAUUUACAGAAUGCCAUCGACAUUGGCUAAACUUUUAAUUUAAAUAGCCUUUUUAAUAUCAGUAAGCUAUUGUAAAUUCAGAAAAAUAAAAAAAUUUAUAAAUAUAUUUUAUAUAUCAGAGUAUAACAUAUCUAGAGUAAAAUAAAACUAUAUAGUUUUGAGAGGCAUUCUGUGUGGCUUCUUCUAUAUGCUGUAAACUGUUUGAAAACCUUUGCAAUCUUGCAUCAGUUCUUUUGGCUUUAUUUUUAAGCCAACGUAGAGGAAAGAAGUGAUGACAGGGUUGGCAGAUCCUUUCACCAGGGCCAUCUGAAGAGCCCUGCUGCUGCACAACUCUCCCAGUGCUCCCGGAGCUCCUGGUGCCCGUGGGGAAGUGCAGGGACAGGGCUCAGCAGCGCUGCCGAGGUGGGAGCUCAGCCCGACACCUGAAUGUUUACAUUCCCUCACAAAGGCUCGUACUGACCCAGAUUCAGAAUCUGAAUGUAAGAACAUACGGGGUAAAAAAGGUCAGUUUCUUACUACAGGUAACCCUGCCUCUGUAUGCUUAGUGCAUUAUCAGCUGUGUAUAAUAUUAAACACAGACCUAUAGUUUACUGAUGCUUUAAUUUGGUGUUUCCCUGCACUGCUGUUUAAAAUAAUCUAUAUUUCCUCAAAAACGAAUGAUGUGCAUACUGGAUGUGUUAAAUUUAUUAAGGUCAUAGAUGACUAUUUGCAGAGCACCACACUUAAUGUAGUAUUUUUGUACUGUAAUGGAAGCAUGCCUUCCUUGGGUUCUUUUCCACAUAUUAAAUUGUAUUUAUUUACCUGUAUUUAUAACUGUGCAAUUUUUAAAUAUGUUUUAAAAAUAAACUUUGUCUGUGGCUUCAAA